AUGUCAAGCACCCAGGGGAAAGUUAUUCGCUGCAAAGCGGCUGUUGCCUGGAAGCCAGGGCAACCACUUUCGAUCGAGGAGAUAGAAGUGGAGCCUCCAAAGGCUGGGGAGGUCCGUGCAAAGGUCGUGGCUACUGGUGUUUGCCAUACAGAUGCAUAUACGUUGUCAGGAGCCGACCCGGAAGGCGUAUUUCCGGUCAUUCUCGGUCACGAGGGAGGAGCAAUUGUUGAAUCUGUUGGGGAAGGUGUUACUAGUGUUAAGCCGGGUGACCACAUAAUUCCUUGCUAUAUUCCAGAGUGUGGUCAGUGCAAGUUCUGCCGCUCAACGAAGACAAAUCUUUGCAGCGCGAUUCGAGUUACCCAAGGCCAGGGGCUCAUGCCGGAUCGCACGACACGCUAUUCGUGCAAUGGUCGCAGCCUAUUUCACUACAUGGGAUGCAGUUGUUUUUCGCAGUAUAUCGUCUUGCCGGAGAUAGCUGUAGCGAAGAUUCGCCAAGAUGCGCCACUAGACCGGGUAUGCUUGCUCGGAUGCGGGAUAACAACUGGUAUCGGUGCGGUCCUUAACACGGCAAAGGUUGAACAGGGCUCCACAGUAGCAGUGUUUGGUCUUGGCGGAGUAGGGCUCAGUGUCGUGCAGGGCGCAAGAAUAGCAGGCGCGUCCAGGAUCAUUGGCGUGGAUACGAACGAGUCAAAGUUCCCUUUAGCAAAACAGCUCGGAGCAACUGAGUGCAUUAACCCAUUGAAAUUCGGAGAGAAACCAAUCCAGCAGGUGCUCAUCGACAUGACCGAUGGUGGACCAGAUUACACUUUUGAGGCCAUCGGCAACGUCAAGACUAUGCGUGCGGCCCUAGAGGCAUCCCACAAAGGUUGGGGCGUUUCUGUUAUAAUUGGUGUCGCUGCCAGCGGUGAGGAAAUCAGUACUCGUCCAUUCCAACUUGUGACUGGUCGCACAUGGAAGGGAACCGCGUUCGGCGGUGCAAAAAGCCGAACCCAGCUUCCAGAACUCGUAGAUAUGUACAUGAAAGGCGUGAUUAACAUCGAUGACUAUGUCACCGGUACCUACAAAUUGGAUGAUAUCAAUCGGGCGUUCGAAGAAAUGCACAAUGGACGCUCCAUAAGAUCGAUCAUUUUGAUGGACGAUGACGCGUAG